UCACCUCAUGGUCUGAUGUGACUGCUAGAGUGUAAUUCAUCUCAUCUACAUUCCAGGCAGCAGAACAAAGGAAGGGAAGGAGCUUGGGAAGAGGAGGAGGAGCACACAAUGACACACUUCUUAGCUGAAUUAAUUCCCUUUAACGAGCCUUGCUGGAAGUCUAGGACAAUAUUUCCACCCCUUCUGUUUAUGUCUUAGGGCCAGAACUUAGUCACGUGGCCUUAUCCAGCUUUAAGGAAGACUUAGGAAUGUGUUUAUUAUUUUUUUAAUUUGAGGUAUAAUUUGCAUGCAGUGCAAUGCACAGAUCUUCUCAUGUAGUUUGAUAAGUUCUGACAAAUGCAUACACCCAUGUAAGCCACCUCCCUAUCAGGAUAUAGAGCAUUCCAUCAUCCCUAGAAAUUCUGUCCUGCUGAGGGGACUUUUUCAACAACUCCAGAGAGAGGUAAUGAGGGCUUACUUAAUUAGGGUAGUAGCCUUGGGAAUGGAAAGAAAGCUUGGAGAGGCAGUGGAAGGAGAAUCCAAAGGAGACUGGUUGAUGUGGGAGAUGAGAGGAGAAUCUAGGAGAAUGCUAACAGCAGAGCCACUAACAGAAACAUAAAAUUGGGAGGGAAUUCUAGAUUGUAACAAAUGGGAUGGAUGGAGAAAAAAAUGAGUACAGUACUGGGUGUGUUGAUUUGACGUCCUGGUGAAACAUCCAGGUGAAGAUACCCAGUAGGCAGUUAUAUCUAGAACUUGGGAGGGCAUUCAGAGCUCAGUGGCAUCAAAUACGAGAGAGAUGCUAGAGAGGAUAAGGGACCAAGAAAUGACCCAAGAAGUUAGUGACUGAGCUCACUGAGGACUUUUUGAGGGAACAGAAUUUAGAUGCCAUGGCCUGAGUGGGCAGUGAGGGAUUAAAUCAUACAAAAGGGGAGUGGUUGCGUUGCCUGAAAUAAUUUAAAACCCCUUUAAGAAACUGAAGUCCUUGGUGUACCUGGCUGGCUCAGUCUGUAGAGCAUGAGAUUGGAUCUUGGUGUGAGUGGGGCAAAAUAAAAAUAAAAACCGAGGUCCUUGCACAAACACAAAAGGGUUAUAUGUAGUUGCCCUUUUUGCCACUUGCUGAUAAAGGAGGAGGAGAAACGUUGGUGUCAGAAGAAUAUCAGGGUUUCACCCCAUCCUUACAGGAAAAUAGCUCCUGGCUCUUCGAAAUUAGCUUUCCAAAAGAACAGGGAGAUGAGACAGCUCCUUGCCUCCUGUGACCUCCAGAAUUCAAGCUGAAGGGCUGGAGGUGGGAGAGGGAUGCCCUCUUUAACAGCUGCUCGGGUGGGGUGGGCCAACCAGACACUGCCAGGACAGGUGUGAAGAGAACCGUAGCGUAUGAGGAAAGAACAGAGCAAACAGGCUGGACUCAGGCAAUUCUCGGUUUGAAUCUUGUCUCUGUCGCCACCUAGCUAGAAGACCUUGGGCAAGUUACUCAACCUGAACACCCAUCUCAUCUGUAAACUGGAAACAAUUAUGCCUACCUUUUAGGGUGGUUUUGAGGAUUACAGAAAAGUGGCACACAAUACGUCAUCGUAAGUGGGUGCUCUUAAGUGAUCCAGCCCCUCGCUAUGGGACAGAACGGCUAACGGAUGGGCCCUGAAACACGACCUCCCGAACUUAGAGGGUAGGGAGGGCUCCUGGCCGCCUCCUCCCUCCAGGAGGUGGGGACAAGGUGGAGGAAGGGCUGCAGGAGGAGGAGCUGGCGCGUCGCGACACGCCCCGUCCCGUCCAGUCCGGCCUGGGCGCCGAGGGAACCGCUGUCCUAGCCGCCGCCACCCGAGCAGCCUGUCCUGGUGCCCCGUGCCUUGCCCCGCGUCCAGUCAUGACCCUGCGCCCCUCACUGCUCCCGCUCCGCCUGCUGCUGCUGCUGCUCAGUGGGGCAGUGUGCCGGGCUGAGGCGGGGUUUGAAACCGAAAGUCCCGUCCGGACCCUGCAAGUGGAGACCCUGGUGGAGCCCCCCGAGCCGUGCGCGGAGCCUGCAGCCUUUGGAGACACGCUGCACAUACACUACACGGGCAGCUUGGUAGAUGGACGCAUUAUUGACACUUCCCUGACCAGAGACCCUCUGGUUAUAGAACUUGGCCAAAAGCAGGUGAUCCCAGGUCUGGAGCAGAGCCUUCUAGACAUGUGUGUGGGAGAGAAGCGAAGGGCAAUCAUUCCUUCUCACUUGGCCUAUGGAAAACGGGGAUUUCCACCAUCUAUCCCAGCGGAUGCAGUGCUGCAGUUUGAUGUGGAGCUGAUUGCACUGAUCCGAGCCAACUACUGGCAAAAGCUGGUGAAGGGCAUUUUGCCUCUGGUAGGCAUGGCCAUGGUGCCAGCCCUCCUGGGCCUCAUUGGGUGUCACCUAUACAAAAAGGCCAACAGACCUAAAGUCUCCAAAAAGAAGCUCAAGGAAGAGAAACGAAACAAGAGCAAAAAGAAAUAAUAAAUAAUUUUUUAAAAUUUC